AGAGUCUCAGGCCACAGUUGUCUCAAUCCCACAGACCAAGCAGUCCUUAAUGGACAGGCAAGGCAGACCUCCUCUCACCAGGAGAGAGAAGAAAAGCUCCUGGGAAAUCCAUCGCCCUUGCGAAGGCUUCAAACCAACCAAGCAUUGAAAAGUUCUGUACACAGCUUAACACACUUACUGAAAGCAAGAACACAGGUUUCCUGUGCCUCCAGCUUCCUGCUACAAGUAACAAGUGUGUGUAGACUGCUCAAAUAUGUCAGAGACUUCCUCCCACGACUCCUUCUAUGAUUCCUUAUCAGACGUGCAGGAAGAGGGCAGAAGUGCUGACUUCUUCCCAGGCCUCUCUGCUUUCCUCAGCCAGGAAGAAAUAAAUAAAAGCCUUGACCUGGCACGCAGAGCUAUAGACAACUCUGAAACUGAAGAUUUUGACUCCGAAAAGGAGAUCUCACAGAUUUUCAGCAAGUCUCCUACGAGCCUCUGCGAAACUCCUUCCUAUGAGGAGAAGAAAUCAGGCGAGCAGACUUCCUCAGAAGGACCUCGGGAUAAUAGGCGAGCAUCUGUCCAGCCUCUAGCAGAACAAGCUGAAAGGAUCACUUCCCCGGUGGCUUCAAAGAGAAAACCUGGGGUAUCACCCCUGCUGGCCAGCCCCAGCUACAUCCGGAGCCUACGCAAGGCUGAAAAACGAGGUGCAAAAGUUCCCAAUCCAAGUGCAAAGCCCAAGGCUGCCCAGCAAAGCAAGGCUGGCCCCCAGAGCCAACUGUGCGACAAGGCAGCUAGUUUCAUCGAGGAACUGACAUCCAUAUUUAGAGAGGCAGCCAAGCCAAGAAACAGAAGCCCUAAUGGUGAGUCCUCGUCACCAGACAGUGGGUAUCUGUCUCCUAAAAAUCAGCCAUCAACCCUGAUGAGUGCCUCAGCCAGCCAGAGCCCCACUGCAGACCAGCUAGACCAACUCGAGAUGGACGCAGAGGUCAAGCAACCCCAGGGCAGCCUUUGCUACCAGGCCCACAAGGCUCCAGAAGAGACCUUGCCACACACUCACAUCCCGCACCCACAGCCCCAGAAAGCCCGCCACUUGCCAUCGUCUGCACCUCGCUUCAUCCAGAAGCUGAGGAGCCAAGAAGUUGCCGAAGGAAGCAGAGUUUAUUUGGAGUGUAGAGUCACUGGAAACCCAGCUCCCAGAGUCAGCUUCUUACCGCCGAAGAGUCCACAUCAGCCUAAGGGACCUUACUGCACCUCCUUCAUAGGGGCCCUCUGUGCCUUCUGCUCUUUCUCCGUGGAAUGUUCUCUCUUCAUAUUUUUCCAUAAAGUAUCUUUGGGGUAUGUCUUGCUAUAUCUACCCUAUGUUAAAAGGGGGUGGAGAGAGGUCCUGCCCAUACCGCACAAUUGUAGUAUCUGGCAGUUUUCUCCAUAAACUUUUAUGACAUACUGUGGAUUACUGGUUCAAUUUUACUAUCCAUUUCCUUCAACAGAAUUAAAAAUCCUUGAGUAUAAGGACCUACCUUUUUUUUUCAUUUAUUGGUGUCUGAGAUCUAAAAUGGCAUCUGACAUCUAAUAUGUGAUCAAUAAAUACAUGUUGAAUAACUCUGGGAGUAAAUUCCACUCCAAGGUGGAAGAAAAUGUUGCCCUGGUGUUCUCAAUAAAACUGGAAAAGCUAUAAAAGUAAGUGAAUAAAUUAAAUCAAGAUAUAUACAUAAUGAAUAAACCAGAGGUGAAUUUAUCAGAUCUGAAACUCAAAAAUAAAAUACCAAUUAAGAGUAAGCAAGUUAAAAAGAAGUGCACAGGGCUGGAGAGAUGGCUCAGCCGUUAAAGGCUAGGCUCACACCCAAAAAAAGAAGUGCACAGUGGCUCAGUUAGCAAAGUGCUUGGUUAACAUGCACAAAGCCCACGGUCUGAUACCAAGCACCUGAAAAUGAGCAAAGAAGCCAACAAACACUCGAACAGUGGAAGCAGGGGCCUUAUCCAUUCAUAGCAAAAGGGGGAUUGAGGACAGCCUGGCCUCGUGAAUAUACACAACUAGCAUGAAUAAAUGGUUUUCUUAAAGUUACUUUCUAAAACAACACCAUCUUAAGCCUACUGAGGUUGUCAGAAUACAAACUAGUACACAAGAAUGUCAAAUGUUACAUUAAAUAUGCCAGUAACCACAGAGACAAAGAACCAAGGGGCUUCGGUUGUGGUCACAGCAUAACCUUAAAAGCAUUGCCUUUUAUCUUCCUUUACCAUCUAUACUAUCUAUGCACUGGUACUGUGCAUAAUUUAGUACAGAAAAACCACCCAGAAGAGCCAGGUGCAUAUAGCUCAGUGAAAAAUCAUCUGCCCAGCACAUUCAAGGCCCUGGAUUCAGUCCCCAGUACCAGAAGAAAACCAUCAUUAAAAACAUCUUGACGUCUCUAGUAACAUGAAUUGAAUAGGGUGGAUCUUAGUCAUUUUCCAUUAUAAGUUAUUUGUUAACCACUUUUCUGGGUUGUGUCAGUGAUAUUUUAGGACUUUAAAAAUCACUUUUUUGUUUUGAUUUUGUUAUGUUCCAAUAAAAUAUUAUGUUUUCAGUCUUAUGGCAAAGACCUUUAAUGAAAUAGUCUACCCAGGUUUUUGGCUACAGAAGAUACAAGAAAAAGUCAAAAUGUAGACACUUGAAUUCAUGCACGUGUGUGGAGUUUCUUACUCUUUUGUUAUUGAGUUCUUUUUUUCUUCUCCACAUGGGCCUUUUUGUGUAACAAAUGUCAAGAAAUGUUCCCUAGAACAACAAAUUACUGUUGAACUAGAAACCAAAAGAUCUCAGCAAUGGAGUAGUGCCCUUCGGUGAUGUGGAAAUGGAACCUUCUCUCUGCCUUCUCCGGACAUACUUGUCUGUGCCCCACAGACUAAAAGUGUAUGGUGGUCUGCUUGAUGCUCUGUCUUCCUUCCCACACCUCUGUUCUUUCUCAAUCCACUUGUCUCCAGUACCUGCCCACUUGGAAUUCUUCCUUUAAAACACUGGGUUUAUCUCUAUGGUAGUUUAAACAGAAGGCUAUCAUUGAUCAGACUGUUGAAUCUUUUGCUUCAGAUCUUGAGAAAAUGGAGUUGCUCUGUACUGCUGACACAGGAGGUAUCAGACCUGUUGGCUGGAAUUGCUGUUUCAUAGUUUGAACAUUUACAGAUGGCCAGUUGCUACCUCACCUCCUUUCCGGGUUUCAUUUCCUCUUCCCGGGCAGCACCAGGGUGUGUGACAAGCACAUUCAUGAUAUCCACAAUAAGGCUGCUCACAAUGCUGUUUCAGGGAGUCAAGAAGCAAGCUUCAAGGCCUGGAAGAUGGCUCGGAAGCAAAGGCAUUUACUGUCAAGGUUGAUGAGACCUAAAUUCAACCCAAAUGAUGAAGCAGAGAACCAAUGGCUACAGUUUGCCCAUUGACUACCACAUGAACAAUGUGGUACAUGUGCAGCUGUGCAGGCAAGGAUCUUCACAUGCACACAACACUAUAUAGAUGAUGAUGAUGAUCAUGAGGAGGAGGAGGAGAAGGAGGAGGAGAAGGAGGAGGAGGAAGAUAUAGAUGAUGGAUGGAUGGAUGGAUGGAUGGAUGGAUGGAUGGAUAAGUAGGUAGGCAGGUAGAUGAUAGAUAGAUAGAUAGAUAGAUAGAUAGAUAGAUAGAUAGAUAGAUAGAAAGAACAUUAAAUAAAUAAAAAGCAACCUCUGUGUUCAAGAAGAAGAAGUAGUAUUACUGCAUUGAGGAAUUUUUGUUGAUGAAAACUGUCAUUGGUAUCAGUCAUCAAUAGUAGGAACCAAACUGGGAAUUCAUAUCAAUUUAUCUCUCAUUGGGCAAGUUUCCAUUGUUGACAAGAAAACAAAUAAACAAACAACCAUUAAAGUAAAUUCACCCAAGAAAUAAAGACAUGUAUAGCGAAUCCCUUCAGAAUUAAAAAUUGGCUUGAGAAAAAAAAACCUGUCAAAACAGCUGAGUACAGUAGAUUGUAGAGUGAGAGAAAUUCUGGUUAUGCCAUGUAUCAGAUAGGCAACUUGGUAAGUUUAAGCUUUCAUGCCUCAAUAGCCUUCCUAAUAAAAUAAAAUAAUGACCGUACAUACUUAUAGGGCAGUGUUUAGGUCAACCAAGACAGAUAAAGAAUUUAAAAUUGUGUUGGACAUGCAGUAAUAUGCUAACAUAUAUUAACAUCUCACUUGUAAAGUUAUUUUUUAGUGGUUUCUUUGGAACUGGAGAGAUGACUAAUUGGUUAGUAGUGCGUGCCGUAUAAUCACAAGGACCAGAGUUUGGGCCCCAGCACCCAUAUGACAAGCCAGGAGUCCCACCAACACCUGUAGCUACAAUUCUGAUGAACUCAACACUGUGGGUACAGCAUGUAAGUACAUGCACAUGUGCACACGCACACGUGCACACACACACACACACACACAUGUGCACACAUACAGAGAGAGAGAGAGAAUAGACACACACACAAAAUACAAUAACAUAAUUUAUUAAAUAAAUGUUUUAAAAAGUUCUUACUUUUAUUACUGUUGAUUUGGUAUAAGAUCCCCCAUAUUCUAUCUGCUCAAAAGUCAUUGUUCUUCUUUUCUGUCUUUAAAAUCUUUGCACUUCAAUUUCCAUUUUUAAAUCCUAAGCAUGCACAACACUAUGGGGAUAAUGGAAAGAAACUGCCUCCCUCAGCAGUAUAGGACAAACAAUGAGCUUGUAAGAAUCACAAACGCAUGCUUACAGGCAUUUCCGUGUCUAUUUCCUCAGAAUCCUAGGUUUGCCUAUCAGGGUCAGACUCCACUAAGAAUUCCCUGGAGUCACUGUGUCGAGUCUCUGUAUAUUUCUACUUUCUAGCAACUUUUUACCUUACUUGGCCUUCAGUUUCUUUAUGGCUGUGGGGGAUGGGAAUCAAGUCAAGAAAAAGGGAUUUCUUCCAAUCCCCCACACACACCUAAUGGUCUCUCCAUCCUCUUGCUCCAUCCUUCAGAGCUGUGGAGGUCAGCCAUGUAUCGUGACUUACAGUCAUUGUGGAAAACUUUCCUGACCCAGGCCUCUUGACUAUUGUUUUCUUGAGGUUCUUUAAAUUGUCCCUUCAUUUCCUCAGCUUGUCUCAGAGGUACCCGUUAAAUAUUUGCUAAAGUCCAUUGAAAGUAGCUUCCCAACACUUUGCUCCUUGUUUUUGUAUUCCAAUAAUUUUAGCAGGAAAGAAUCGUUAAAUAAUUUGAAUAACAAAUAUACACUUUUCCCAAGCUGGCAGGUUGGCUUUGAUUUUGUACUGUCUUGCUUAAGUAUUAGAAAAUACGGCAAAAUGCUCACAAGGAAAUGAGUGAGCCUCUGCACACUUAAUGGUACAAAAUCGUAGUUUCCCAAGAACCUGACUGUGAAGUUUCUGCUGCUUCCACAGCAAGAGCUGCUCAUGCUUUCAAGUCUUUCCUAUGACGCUGAUUUCAUUUCUUCGUGACCCGCUUCUUCAUUUGCCUGGGGCAAUGCCUCACUAUGAAGCACGCAGUGUGUGCACGUAUAAUUACAGCUAUUACAAGCUCUCUGUAAACACCACAUUCUUUUGACUGUUAGGAAUGACAUUAUAAAUGUAACUGUGGCAAAUAGAAUUAUGCCUGAAACCCACCAUGGCUUGCUGCGUUUAAAGCAAGAUGCAAAACUCUCCUUCUCGUUGCCGUAUUCAAAUGGCGUGUUGCUAUAGGAAUACUUUUCCUGCUUCAUUUUAGUUCUUUGAGCCAAAAUUUAGUGAUAUGUUGAAUAAUCUGCUGGAAUAAAAGUGAACCACUAGCCACCUGUACACUGAUAGGGAAACGUAACUGCCAGCAUUCCAUGACAGAAAAGUCACAAACGCACAGGAAGUCACUUUGUUCUCUUCUGUAUGAGUCCCAACAGUGAAGGCUACCUCUGUAUAGCUGCAUAUGCUCUCAGCAGCCAGUGUCUAGUGAGUCUGUAAUCAUCAGCCCCAAAGCAUAACCAAGGACACCAUAGGAAAUAAGGUUUCUUCCUAAGGGGACGGCAUUGAACCUUGGCUGCCAGAAUUGGAAAAGUGUAUCUUCUGAGAGAGAAAGAGCUUUGGGGAAAGGGUCUGACAGUUAAUAGAGGAGAAUGUUCCAAAAAGAAGGUAGAAGGACAAGGAAGAGAAAACAGGGAAAAGAAAAGAAAAAUGUUAAUAAUAAAAAAGAAAACUCCCGUUAUAUUAAAAUGGAUUCUUUCUUUAAAAGAAAGAGUUUCAAAAUCAUUUUUUACCAGCAUAGAGGUAAUUCCAGUCUGCAUGUUGAUUGCUUCUCUAAAAGCAGGUGCCUAUGGAUGGCUUCCUUCCAUUCCCCAAGGCAACAUCAAGGAAACCCGAAAAAGAAGGGCACCAUGAUCAAUGAUUUCAUGGUCCUCCUUAGAAAAUGUCAUACCGUGUGCACCCCUGGCCAACUCAGUAUUGACACGAGGGAGCAUCAACAACAUUUUUACUGGUAGAAUAAACACAGUUGAUGCAGCUUUGGGGAGCAGAGCAAUGGUGCCAUGGGCCAGGCCUCGUUCGCUCGCUCUCUCACAAACAGAGAAGUAAUGCCAAGAACAGAAUAAAUAUGAUUUGUAAUCCAGCAUGGUACUAUUUAACUCUUAUAUUCCAUUGCCAGCAUUUUAAUUAGGAACGCACUGGCCUGUGUUAGCCAGAACCCUGCUACAUGGAAUUACUCUGUGUGCCAAGGGUAAGGACAAGUCCUCAUCACUGCCUGGAAUACAGUUGGGAAGGGCCAUUGCAACAAUGACAGCAUUUAGUUCCAUGAUUGUGGAUAGGCUUUUGCUAUGAAAGACCACUAUGACUCCAACACAAGACGGUAGCUUUUACGACACAAAUAACUUUAACCUUGGACAGGUAGCUAUUGGAAGGAAGAGACAAGAUUAAAGAAACUGUCUUCUGCACCAUGUAUGAGCAUUGUUAACAUGGGGAGUCACUGAGCAUAUCAAGACGAUAGGUAACCUCCGAGUUGGCAGAAAUAAUGUCAGGUGCCAUGGGGGAGUGGUCAGGUAAGCAAGGAGAGUCUCUCAAAUGCUGUUGUGUCCCUCUGGGGACAAUUUCACUAACUAGAAGUAGACACCAGUCCUUUGUACACAGUCAGCUUUGUGACAUCCCAACCAAAUCAUGUCUACUCCAGAUUUUAACAUUUGGGUGAAAUGUUUAAUAGAAGUAGAUUGGAGCCUAUGGUGUGACUCUAUUUUGCCAUUUCUUAAUGGAACCUACUAAUGUACCACCUCAUUAAAAAGUCACCAGUCUUACUUCUAUAGGAAAAACAAUAGUUUAAACAUCAAGUACCCCACACAAAAAAGAACAAGUGUCAUCCCUCCAGUGUGAGAGCUGUUGUAUUUGGAUUGAUUUUUUUUCCAAACCCUAACAGGUUAUGCAAGACAAAUAAUGAAUCUGUUAACAAGGCGUGUCUGUCUUACUACAAAUCAAAGCAAUUUUAUAAGCACUGUAUCAUCUAUAAUAUAUACCUGCAAGAGUUAUGUUACCAAUUAAAAAAAAAGCUUACUACAUCCCUAGUCCCUUUCAUCUUCAAGUCUGAAAAUCUGAACAUUGAUUGGUCCAUUGUACCAUUGCACAAUGCCUUUAGCUCCUUGGAAUCUGAAGGUGCGUUUCCAACAAGGUCUAAACACGGCUCUCUGCCUUCCAGCUGCUUCCCACACAACCUCAGGUGUCCGGACACCAUGUUCUCGAAAGACAAGGCUAGUUCUUAGCUACCUUAGGUUCAAACUGGGUUCUGUGGCCCCAGCAGCUUCUAGACUCUACAUGGGGUCUUCCUCAAGUUCUCAACUGUCACACAGGUGUUUUUUCACUCCUUCCUUUGAUAGGUUUCUGGCUGUCAGAUUUUGAUAAAUCAGAAAAAGAUUAAGCCCAACCAAAGCCUGUCUUUUAUUACAGUUUGCUCUGGUUGAAGCAUGCAAUUUUCUCACUCAUAGCCAUGGAAUUAGAAUAAACUAUGGUCCAAACUGUAAGAGCAGUUUGUUUUGCCUCCCCUCUCCUCAUUGGCAUUGUAACCAAGGCCUGUUUCCCUGACACUUAUAAUUUUCUUCCUCCUCUCCUCCUCCUCUUCCCCGUCCUCCUCCUCCUCCUGCUUCUGUUAGGCCUGCUUACACUCCAGGUAUGUUUAUAGAAACAGAACUUGGUUUUCAUUUUCUUUAUUCCAGCAUGACAUAUAUCUGAACUAAUCAUCUGUGCUUGAGAUGACAAACAUGAGAGGUAGUGACUAGGACGCUAGCACCUGACUGUGUUCUCAGGGCCUUCCCUACAUGGAUAUAUUUCAUCAGUUGGAUAGAGUAAAUGUAUCAUAGAUGAUCAGAGUGGUAAGGGAGACACGAGUCGGAGGUUAUGAAACUACAGGAUACCACUGAAGGCUCCAAGAAGGGACUCAGAAAGAGACAAGGUAGAAGGUUAGAAGCAGAUGACAUGAAAAAGUGUUCUGAGAAGAAAUGAAGAAGGCCAAGUUGGAAAUGGCUGAGUGCUAGAGACCACAAUGACAUCUAUAUCCCAAGUGUUUCCAGACCAAACAUGUCAGGAAAAGAAAUCAGCAAGCGAGAGUUUCCCCCUUUGCCAGCCGCUCCUGGAAUUAGUCUGAGCUACUCCUGCGCAUGUGGUUAUGCGACCACGAUAACAAACAUUUAAUAUUGACGUGACAGCAAUCAUUCUGAAGGGGCAUGAGUCAUGUUUUAAAAGAUGCUAAUAGGAUUAGCGUAAUGAACUCGGGAUUGCUUCCUUAUGAUUCUGCAGAUGGGUACUGCACGGAAUGAAGAGAAUGCCUAGUGGUGUCUCUUUCCGUUUGCCUUCAUAAAGCCAUUCAUAACAGCUCAGAAAGAAAAUUCAACAGAGAUCCCUUUGGAUCAGGCUGACACAACACUGUAUUAGGAUUAUUAAAUCCAAAUCCAGCCGUAUGUUAUUUAAUAAUAGGGAUGCACUCUAAGAAGCAUGAUGAUUUUGGUAUUACACAAGCAUCUCAGUAUGUUGGCACAGUUCAGAUGGCAUAGAUCAAUGCUGUGGUGUGGCCCUGAUCUGUAGGGUCUAAAGGAUGAUCUACAGUGGCUGUCAUCUUCUGGUUUGAAAUGAAUAGUAUAGCACGUACAUAAAAGCUAAAGUAACAAUGAAUAUCAAGAGCUGGAUAGAUACCAAAAUAUUACCAAGUCAGGUGCUCAGAAUAUUCUGCAGAAAUACUAAGAAACACUCUCUAAGGGAGCCAGCUGGAGUCCCUAGUAGAGAAUCCUGGGCAAAGCAGGUGUCCCCUUGGUUGGGGCUCCCAAGUGAAAAAACUAAUAACAGUGUGUAGAGGUAACACCAUCAAACUGAGUGCUCGCAAUGCCUAACACAAAUGGACUGGGGAAACUGAGUCAGCCAGCUGGCCUUCCCCACUGAGGAGGUGCUCCCUACUCUUGCUAGUGAGCUUCCCAAGACUGAAGUGCUCAUUCCUCUCUGCCAUGCAGGCACGGGGACUGGGGUGAGCAGCCAUAAGUUUUGUUAGGAAUGCUUUCCUGUUCGGCUGUUUUCAACGAUGAUAUGUUUCCACUUACGCUUCUUUUUUUUAACUUUUUGUCCUUCUGUCACACAAUGAGGGGGACCAGCCCCAAACAAUAUGCUUGGAAGACAUUUAGAAUCAAACAGGAUCAGAUCUGAAACAGGGAAGGAAGCAACUCUAGUUUCCAGAACCACUUUCACAGUGGGUUUAAACAACACAGGGCAAUUUAUCUGUAUAUAUUGCAGGCCUCUUGAUGUAAUUGUGAGAUAUGAGGCAGCUGACAACAUAACAUGGCAUACUAUUUUACAGGGAAGUUUUUUAAAAACUUAAUUUUAAAUUAUGUGUGUGUGUAUGUCUGUGUGUAGGUAUGUGUGAGUACAAAUGCCCGAAGAGUCAUCAAGUCCUUUUGGCUAACUCUAUAGUUAUAAGCAGUUACAGCCACCUGACGGCACGGGUCCUGGGAACUGAACUUGGGUCCUCUGUAAGAGUAGUGUGCUCUCUUAAUGACUGAGCCAUCUCCCUAGCCCCACUGUGAACUUCUUAUAUGUACAUAUAAGAAGAAACUUGAAAAAGUGCCAUAAUGACCAGAAAGAUGACCAGAAAGAUGAUGCAUCUUGUACAGGCAUUUACUGCCAACCUGAUGACCUGAGUUCCAUCCUUAGGAGUCACUGGUAGAAGGACAGAAUGGACUCCCAAAAGAUGUCCUUUGACCUAUACAUGGGCAUAGCUGAACACACAAACAAACAUAAAAAUCCUGAGGUUGUAACAUGUAUUUAUGACAUUAUCAAGUAUUAGGAUAAGUAAGUAAUUCCGUGCGCUAGCUGUUCUUUGACGUGACAGGCAGAAUGGUCAUUUGUUUACACAGUGUCGUCACAAGCAUGCCAGUAUGCAUGGUGCUGCAUUAUGACAACUGUAAUUAGUGUCUUAGGGCCACAGAAGUUCGUAGCUGCAUUACAAGUUUAUAGAACCACCAUUACAUACAAGCAAUCUGUUAUCUAAGGAGAUGUCAUUGACAAGAGCAUUACUGCACUUCAUGGCUCACCUAGAACUAAGACAGGAGGGCUGCACAAGGUGAAAGUCAUCCUAGCAUUUGUGCUAAGUUCAAGGCACCCUCAAAACAAACAGACAUAUCCAUCAACUAAUCUGAGGAUCCAUACAUUCUCUGUAACCACUUUUUCCUCCAUGAUACCCUGACUGAUCGACUUUCACAGUCCUCUACAAAGUUGUCUCCACUCUUCUUGCCCUGAGAGGUUCUUCCGCCUAGACAACAUCAGCAGACAUCUGUAGGCCUGUGGUUGUGUGGAGCCCUUCAGACACUGAACAAACUAAAGGAAAGGGAACUUGGGAUAUUUAGUAUAUCACAUUUUUUUAUGGAAACGGCGUGUGUGCAUACAGUUUAUUCGGGGUGAACCAAGGGCUAUAUAUAUGAAGCCUGGAGAGCAGGAAGUGGUUCUUCUUAGGUUGGAGUUUCAUUUGGUGAGGCUUAUGAUUCUGGAGAUAGCUCAUUUUCAGAGAAGCAUUCCAGGAAGCUGAACCCAGAAUCUCCCAAGGCUUACCUGAAAUUCCCUAGGUAGGAGAUUCAGGUUGGGCUCCCCAGAUCAGGCAGAGAAGAGGAAGCCCUGCUAAGAAAAUGGAUUCCUUUUUUCACUGAGCUCAGGAAAGCUAUCAACAUGGUAGACUCAAGCUUUAGUAGCGGGUUCCUGAGAUUGAACUCUGAUUAUGCGCCUUGGAAAUAGGUGCCCUUUACCUGUUCAGCCACCUUACCAGGCCAGAAACCUGCAUUUUAAAAGUUGGGUUUUGUGUGUGUGUGUGUGUGUGUGUGUGUGUGUGUGUGUGUGUGUGUGUGUAAGCAUGCACCUAUGUGUUUCUAUGUGCUCAAGGAGGCCAGAAGAGGGAGAAGAUCUUCUAAAACUGGAGUUACAGGCAGUUCUGAGCCACCUGACUGAGCACCAAACAGAAUGGAAGCGAAUGUUCUAGACUGCUGAGCCAUCUCUACAACCCCAAGGUGUUCAUAGCAGUAUUUCCCACACUUGCAUGUCCAAGUGUGAUUUUUUUGUAACAGGGUCUCAUGUAGCCCAAGCUGGCCUUGAACUUGCUAUGUAUAUUACUUUCUUAUGGAUCCCCGACCCUCUUAGACAAUACAGGUCUCCACUGUGCUUGCUAAUUCACGACACUGCCGUCAUCCUUUAUCCUUCUAGAAGGAGCAAUCUGCCUCAACCCGCAAAGUUGUCUCUAAUCUCUUAUGAUUUUCAUAUGUUUUGAGGCCUUUACAUUUAGUCAGCUGAUUUCACCAAAUCACUUGCUGUUUGAGACUUGCUCCUUCAGUCUGUCCUCAGGUUACACUUCUCUCAGCCAUAUGCUCCUAGCUCAUCCUGUCUAAUGACAACCUAUUGCUCUCCCCCACCCCAUUCUCUUCCUCUCCUUGUGCUCCCUACCUGUAAACCCCAGCCCCAUAACCAAAGCUCCACCUACCUCUGUUCUUACCUGUAAUUGGCUGUCAGUCACUUUUAUAUAACCAGUCAGAGAAGAUUGUAGAGCAAAGUUUACAUAACAUUAUUUUCUCAUUAUUCAUGAGAAAGUGCUCCUCUGGACUGCAGCCAGAUUUUGGGAGCCAGUAUUUAACAUUUGAAUAUAUAGCAGCACCAGACCAGCCCCCGACAGAUGUCAUUUAUGCAAUAGCCUUACUCUUGAGUAGUCUGGCAUCUUCUGUCAAUGCGAAAUAGGAUGAAUAAUGCUCAUUUUACACAUGAAGAAACUAAGAAUAGAAGGAUACAUUUACAGUGUUUGAAUGAACAUGUCCUUCAUAUGCUCAUAGGAUUGAAUACUUGGAUCUGAGUUGGUGGGACUCCUUGUUGGAGAGGGUGUGUCACCGGGGGUAGGCUUUAAGGUUUUAAAAGACUCACGCCAUCCCCACUAUGUCCUCAGGUGACUACUACUUGUGACUCAAGAUGCGAACUCUCAGCUGUUCUUGCCACUGUGCAAUUGCUCCACCAUCACAGACCCUGAAACCAUGAUUCCAACUUCUCUGAGUAGCAUUGAUCGUAGUGUCUUCUCACAGCAAUAGAAGAGUAACUUAGACAUAUAGUUAAGACUAUAUCUGAAUUACCAACCCCAAAGUUUGUUUUUUGUUAAUUUAUGAUCAUUACUAAGGUAUACAUUUGAAUAAUUCCCAGUGGACAAAUUUCCAAUGUAUUAAUUUAAUGCAAUUUAUUGUUUUCUGAUCCUAAUCUUUGGAGACUCUCCACCACAGCAACCCUCAUAAGCAUCUCCUUCUAUCUAAUAUAGUCUUGGAUGAAGAAAUUUCUAAUAAAGAUAAUGAAUAGAGGAUAGUGUGGAAUGAAUAGUGUAAUGAAAAGGGUGAUCGUUUGAGUUAAGUCAAAAAAGGGGGUAGGAAGACAAGUCCAGACUAAACGAAAGGAGAAAGUCCCUGGCAUAAUGUCAGAGGGACCAUUAACAAUCACGUUCUGCCCUUUAAGACCUGACGCCUUUCUUCAGCGUUGAGCCUGAGGAAGAGAGAAAAAGGUCUGUCUGUUAAGCACUCACUGUCAUGGGAUGAAGUUAAGAAAGGCAGAACCUUCGUUCAUCACUACAUGAAAGAGGGAAACAGGGACAUUUUUAUAUCCAGGACCUUACGUUUUGUUUGCUUUACUAAAAAUCAAGUACAAUCAUCUCAUAAUCAAAGCUUUGGCCGAUUUUAUUCUCAAACCCUGCCUAAAAUCUAACUCAACUGUGGUUUCUCUAAUAGAGCAUCUUUAUAGAGAGAAAAAGACUAUCACAAAAUUAUAUACAGUUGGUAUAACUCUAAUUCAAGUAGUUGCUUGCAAAAGUAGCAGUUACCGAUAUUUUUCAAAAUGAAUAGUAGGUUAAAAUGAAAAUAAAAUGCUUAAUGAAGCAAUUCCUGAAGCUCAAGUAAAACACCUUCUUUCAUCCCCUAAAUUAUUGGCCCAUUUAUUUUCAUUUUAUGUAUAUCUGGUAUCUGUGCAAAAAUGUAAAACCUCAAACUAGUUGCAUAAUUAUCUAUUAUUUUUAUAAUCAUAUUUUAUUACGUCAUUGUAGCUGGCAUUCAGGUUCUAUGUACAAACAGUUUGUUAUUACAAAUAAUUGAGAAGACAUAAAAGUAGUUCAGUAGCCAAGUGCACUCACUGAGUAAUCCUGAGAGUUAAGUUUGGAUUCCAGGACCAAUAUAACAAGCCAGACAUCUCACACAUGCCUGAAGUACCAGCUUUGAUGGAUGAAGACAAGAGGAUUUUCCGGAGCUUGAUUUCUUCUAGCUUUGCUGAGGAUGUGAAUUCCAGGCUUAGGGAGACCCUGCCUCAAAAGCAUAGCUGGAGAGGAAUAAAGAAGGAUAGUGAUAAAGAGGCCUAUUCUGACCUCUGUGCUUGUGCACAGGAAUGCACACACAUACAUGUGCAUACAUCAUAUCAACACAUAUGCACACAAAUAAAAAAUAUUUUGUAGAAAGUUGGAAGAAACCUGUGAUGUCAACUAAGUCUCUAGAAUUGGUAGAAUAAGUAAUUUGACAAUAACAGGGUAACAGAAACUAAAUCUCACUUAUCUAUUACAACUAGGAAAAGGACAUGUGGCUAAUUAUAAUUAAUAAUCUCAGCUUUCUCACUAAACAAAGUAUUUUUUUACAAGUAGAUUUAUGAGAUUUUCACUCAUACUGUUUCUGUAUACCAGCGGUGGAAUUUUGAAAUCUGUUGUUCAUGUGAUGAGAUAUUAGAGAUAUUAGAGAAUACGAAGACGGUGCCAACCAUUUCAGUGUGAACAGACAACAUAGAUAUUUAUAGUUAAAAGUCUCUGCCUCUCAAGACAGCAAUGCAGUUAUACCCUGCCCUUUUUUUAAAAAAAUUAAUAAUAAUGGCCAUAUGUUCAGAGACAAUCGUUUGUCAUUACAAAAUAAAAUAUUGAUAUGUUAUACUUUUUGAUAGAGUGUGGCUAGUGCUACCAUUAUUCUAAGUAUUGAAACUAUAAUGCAACGUGAUGAUUCUGGAAGAAUAUGUAAGUGCUCAAUUUCUUUCCCGACUUCCGAAGAAUUACAUCCUGUCACUCAAAUUUUUCCUUGCUCUCUUCCUCUCUAGUUGGUUGUGUUCAGGACAAACCAAGCUACUUUGCUUAUAAAUUAUACAGGGCAAUCCAUGAUUUUGGCUUCCAUAACAAAACUGUCAUCAGGAUUCUAAUCGCCAGAAGUGAAAUAGAUCUAAUGACCAUAAGGAAACGUUACAAGGAGAGAUUCGGAAAAUCCCUCUUUCAUGAUAUCAAAAAUUUUGCUUCAGGACA